AGGGGCUGAGCCCAGGACAGGCAUCCCACAUCAGAUGGAUGAAUAGCAGGUCUGUCCUGCCAGCUGUGUGCUCUCUCCCACCCAAAGAAAGCAGUAGAGACUCAGACAGCAAAGCCUGGAGUUGCCCACGCAGUCUGUUACCAGCACCAGAGUGUGUGAAGGCACUUGAGGGCAGCAAGAUGGAAUCAGAGAGAGAAAUCAUCGACCUCCAACCUGGGAACCCCAACCCCAGGGGCAGCCAGCCCAUCAACCUGAACCACUAUGCCACCAAGAAGAGCGUGGCCGAGAGCAUGCUGGACGUGGCGCUCUUCGUGUCCAACGCCACGCGGCUGAAAGCGGUGCUGGAGCAGGGGCCCUCCGCCCACUACUACACCACCCUCGUCACCCUCAUCAGCAUCUCUCUGCUCCUGCUCGUGGUCAUUGGCAUCCUGCUUGUGGUCAUCGCGCGGCUGAACCUCAAUGAAGUAGAAAAGCAAUGGCAGCUCAACCAGCUCAACAACGCCGCCACCACCCUGGUCUUCAUCACUGUCAUCAUCAACGUCUUCAUUACAGCCUUCGGGGCACAGAAGACAGGCUUCCUGGCCGCCAGGACCUCAAGGAAUCCCCUCUGAACACAGCCUGAGAACCAGGUCCUGGCUCUGGAACUGCUUCCACCUUUCCUCCCUGAUCUGUUAGGCUGAUGGGCACUUUCCACAGCCCCUGGGAGAGCUCCAAAAAGGGCUGUGUAGAUGCCCUUGAUCCCUACCCACAGCAUCUGAAAUAAGAUGUACUAUUUUACUGGUCUAAGUGAAUCCCAUCUUGGUCUGGAGUCCUGAACUCAGACUGGGGUACUGCCAGUCUUUCUAGUAGCAUCUCCAGAAUCUAAGACAUGUCUAUCUAAGGUCAAGCCCGCCCAGCUUCAGGACUCUGGUUCUUACUCCACCUCAUUCCUUCCCCUCUGCCCCAUCCAUUUCCUCUGCUCCAGGCCUCAGUUUUCCCUUUCUGUAAAAUGGAAUGAUUUCUAUCUAUAAAGUUUUCUGCAAAUCCA